AUGGCAGAGGUCAGUUUUUCAGAGUUUCAGGACCAGUUCAUGUGUCCAGUCUGUCUGGAUCUCCUUAAGGAUCCUGUGACUAUACCCUGUGGACACAGUUACUGUAUGGGCUGUAUUAAGGGCUGCUGGGAUCAGGAUGAUCAGAAGGGAGUCUACAGCUGCCCCCAGUGCAGACAGACCUUCACACCAAGACCAGUUCUGGGAAAAAAUGCCAUACUGGCGGAAAUGGUGGAGAAACUGAAGAAGAUGAGACUCCAAGCUGCUGCUCCUCCUGCUCACUGUUAUGCUGGACCUGGAGAUGUGGAGUGUGGAGUUUGUACUGGGAGAAAACUCAAAGCCAUCAAGUCCUGUCUGGUGUGUCUGGAUUCCUACUGUCAAACUCACUUUGAACGUCAUGAAGAACUGUUCAAAGGGAAGAGACACAAUGUGAUUGAUGCCACUGGAAAACUACAAGAUCAGAUUUGCCCUCAUCAUAACAAACUGAUAGAACUUUGGUGUCGAACCGACCAGCAGUUCAUGUGUUAUCUGUGUAUGGUGGAUGAACACAGAGACCAUAAAACAGUAUCAGUGACAGCAGAGAGGACUGAAAGACAGAAACAGUUGGGAGAAAGUCAGAGGAAAAUCCAGCAGAGAAUCCAGGAGAGAGAGAAGGAGGUGCAGGAGCUGAGACAGGCUGUGGAGUCUCUGAGGCGCUCUGCACAGGCUGCAGUGGAGGACAGUGAGAGGAUCUUUACUGAGCUGAUCCGCUCCAUUGAGAGAAGGUGCCGUGAGGUGACAGAGCUGAUCAGAGAUCAGGAGAAGAGUGAAUUGAGUCGGACUGAAGGAGUCCUGGAGCGACUGGAGCAGGAGAUUUCUGAUCUGAGGAGGAGAGACACUGAGCUGGAGCAGCUUUCACACACAGAGGAUCACAUCCAUUUCCUCCAGGUAACAGUGGAGGACAAAGUGAUCACCAAUAUAACAGUAACCGACUUCUCAUUACCUAGCAUCACUGUCAGUCCACACCUCUCUUUUGAGGAUGUAGGAAAAUCUGUCUCUCAGCUGAAAGAUCGACUGGAGGAUUUCUGGGAGGAGUUUGGAAGACUUUCCAGUAAAGCAACAAAGAUCACGAUCAUUCCUCUUCCUGAACCCAAAACCAGGCAAGAGUUCUUACAUUAUUCCUGUGAUCUCACACUGGAUCCCAACACAGCAAAUAAACACCUCUGUCUGUCUGAGGGAAACAGAGUGGUGACACGGAGUAACACAGUCCAGUCAUAUCCUGAUCAUCCAGAGAGAUUUGAUGAGUGGUGGCGUCAGGUGUUGUGUAGAGAGAGUGUGUCUGAACGCUGUUACUGGGAGACUGAGUGGAGUGGGGAUAAAGGGGUUUCUACAUCAGUGUCAUAUAAAGACAUCAGGAGGAAAGGACGGGGUUAUAAUUGUAGGUUUGGAAAUAAUGAUCAGUCCUGGAGUUUGUACUGUUCUAACUCCAGUUAUUCAUUCAGGCACAAUAAUGAGGAGACUGAACUCCCCAUAGUUCCCAGUUCCUCCAGAAUAGGAGUGUAUGUGGACCACAGGGCAGGAACUCUGUCCUUCUACAGCGUCUCUGACACAAUGACCCUCCUCCACAGAGUCCACACCACAUUCACUCAGCCCCUCUAUCCUGGGUUUAAUGCUUGGAAAGGGUCUCAAGUGAGGUUAUUGUCGGUCAUCUUCAGCAGCAGCGGGACAGGUUGA